AUGGAACGAUGGUACAACUCAAUUGCAGACAAACAAACUCGGAUCCAGAUGGUGGAAGUCAAUCCAAACUCCAAUGAACUCAAAGAUCCUAAAAAGGGAGCUCACUCAGUGGGUCUGAUGUGGUGGACGCUCGCCCGGGAAGUUCUGCGCAUGCGUGGCACCAUCUCCUGUGAACACCCAUGGGAGGUCAUGCCUGAUCUCUACUUCUACAGAGAUCCUGAAGAGAUUGAAAAGGAAGAGCAGGCGGCAGCUGAGACGGCUGUGACCAAGGAGGAAUUUCAGGGUGAAUGGACCGCUCCAGCUCCUGAGUUCACUGCUGCUCAGCCUGAGGUGGCAGACUGGUCUGAAGGUGUGCAGGUGCCCUCUGUGCCUAUUCAGCAGUUCCCCACUGAAGAUUGGAGUGCUCAGCCUGCCACUGAAGACUGGUCUGCAGCUCCCACUGCUCAGGCCACUGAGUGGGUAGGAACGACCACUGAGUGUUCUUAAACAGUUCUUCCACAAACUCUUAA